AUGGCUGUACCAGUUAUCAUCAAAAUAGCUUUAUUUUCUCAAUCCAUAUUUGUUGGCGGUAACGUUAUAAUAUCAGGAGUUUUUAUUCCCUCAAUACUUCAAAAUUAUCAUUCAGACACAGCCCAGGCAAAGCAAUGGGUCAAAUUGUACGAUGAUUGUUCCAAGAUAAUGGGAUUCAGUGCAUUAGUUAGCUUUGGAAUCUACUUUUAUGAAGUUUUGUUCGACAAUGUCACUAGGGAAUUUCGAAAUGCGUGUAUGAUAAGUGGAAUAGCAUCAAUUGCCGUUAUUCCCUUUACUGCUCUCUUCAUACUUCCAACUGUGAAGAAGCUCAAAGAAAUUGCAAAAAUCAAUAACGUUGAAGAGAUAAAAACUACCGGACUUCAAUCCCACAUUAGUACUUGGAAUAAGCUAAGCAUUGCAAGGGCUGCGAUCUUUACCGUUGGAUUUGUGAAUUCUCUUGCCAAUUUCGUAUGA